UCACUUCCUCCUGCGUGGGUCCAGUCUCUGCUGCGUAAAGCGCCGCUCGGCUCCAGGACGGUGAUCAGGCCGGGAGGAGGAAGAGGAGCCACCUGAAGCCGCGCGACACGUCCCGGUGCCUUCAAGGAGAAACCACAAUGGACUGCUGCUGGAAAACUUUCUGAAAAAGAGAAGGAAGGGACGUGAUUUGUUGUUUUCCUCUUCUUCUGCGCGUACCUGUGCGGACUUGCCUGCGCGUCAGAGCGCGUGGAGCUGCGCGCAGCCCGGUGGACACACCUUUUUUUUUUCUUUAAACGCGGAGCCCCCACUCAGAAGUCUUCCUCCUCUCCAUUUCUUUCCUUUUGGCUGUCUGAAAGCGGAGGAACGCGCGAGCUGCACGCCGACAUGUCCGCCAACGAGAGAUCAACGCGCGCGCUCCGAGAGAUCCUGCUGAAGCCUGGAAACGACGCGUGCGCAGACUGCGGCGCGCCAGAUCCCAACUGGGGUUCCUGCACCUUGGGGGUCUUCAUCUGUCUGGCCUGUUCUGGGAUCCACCGCAACAUCCCCGACGUCAGCAAGGUGAAGUCCCUGAGCCUGUCCCGCUGGGAGGACCACGAGGUCCAGUUCAUGGCUGAGAACGGAAAUGAGCUGAUGAAGAGUAAAUACGAGGCUGCUGUUCCAGUCUACUACUACAAACCAACCCACAAAGACUGCCAGGUGCUGCGGGAGCAGUGGAUCAGAGCAAAGUACGAGAGGAAGGAGUUCUGCGAGCCCGGGGGGAGGUUCACCUAUGAGGAAGGAACUCGAGACGGCAUGUUGCUGAAAAGGGGGCGGGACAACGGGCAGUUCCUGAGCAGACGGUUCGUCCUUUCGGAGAGGGAGGGGACGCUGAAGUAUUUCACCAAGUAUGACGCUAAGGAACCCAAAGCCGUGAUCAAGGUGGACACCAUCAACGCCACCUUCCAGCCGGAGAAGAUCGGAAACCCCAACGGCCUGCAGAUCACCUACCUCAAAGACUACAGCACCCGCAACGUCUUCGUCUACCACGACAGCGGCAAGGAGAUUGUCGACUGGUUCAAUUCAAUCCGAGCAGUUCAGCUUCACUAUCUGAAGGUGGCCUUUCCCGGGGCAACCGAUGCCGAGCUGGUCCCCAAACUCACCAGGAAUUUUCUCAAGGAAGGAUACAUGGAGAAGACGGGGCCCAGGCAAACGGAAGGCUUCAAGAAGCGCUGGUUCACCCUGGACCACAGACGACUCAUGUACUUCAAAGACCCGCUGGACGCCUUUGCGAAAGGUGAAGUCUUCCUGGGGAACAGGGACCACGGCUACAGCGCCUCGCCCGGUUUGCCCGCCGGCACCCACUGCAACGGCGCCUGGCAGUACGGCGUCACCAUACAGACGCCCGACCGCUGCUUCCUGUUCACCUGCGAGUCGGAGGGCGACCAGCAGGACUGGCUGAAGCACUUCAACGACGUCAUGAGCGCUCAGAUGUCCCCCCAGGAGUACACCAUGGAGGCCUUGUUCAAGCACAGGCCUUGAUGGAUCAGCAGCUUCUGACAGACGACCCAACUCUGCCGUCAGAAACCGGAACACCGUCACUGAUAUGGUCACACUGGAGCUUGUUGCUAAACCCCAAACACACGGCCACGAGGUUCAUCCAGAGCACACGGGAGAACCAGUCCAACGAUGAGCGCUACUUAACUCCGAAAUCCUGUUGGUGACAGAUGUGGAACCAUACUGUGUGCCUCAUAAGCACCGAACAUUCUGAACUACAGGUUUUCCUUUGUGUUUCUGUUUGUCUGGAUAAUAAUCUACGGUCUCCUUUUCAUCAUGAAUACCAUCCAUGUUAGGUCCUGUCCAAAAAAAACCAGUCAAAGGAAGUAUUUAUGUAGAUUUAUGUUAAAAUGAUAAAACAGGCUUUUUUUUUGUUCAGUGAGAUCCUCUCAGGUGUUUCCAGAUGUGAUAACUAUAAAGAUACAGACCCGCAACA